AUGAGUCGCGUUCGUACCAAGACCGUCAAGAAGGCUUCCCGUGUCCUUAUCGAGAAGUACUACACCCGCAUGACCAAUGACUUCCACAACAACAAGAGAGUUUGUGAUGAAGUCGCCAUCAUCGGAUCCAAGCCACUCAGAAACAAGAUCGCUGGGUGAGUUUCGAUUAUUUUUCUGUUGAAUAUUCUAAAUAAUGAACUCAAAUUAGAAAGCGGAGCGAAAUCUAUCAGAAUCGACGUUUUUGUCUGAUUCUAUAUUUUCGAAAAUAUACGAAACCUUCUGAUAUACAUUUUUUCGUGGCUUUAUUGGACACGUUUUUGAUUGACCAAUAUAUAAUUUAAAAUGUAAAGAAUAAAGAAUUCUCUAUGCCCAAAUCAAAACCAAAAUAAUUUUUUUCGCGAGCAAUGGAAUUUAUCGAUUUUUCCUAAAAAUUUAUAAAUUGAAAUAUAAAUCGAGUUCAAUAAACUAUCUCAACUCUUCAAUGAGAUUUCAAUUUUUCAGAUACAUCACCCAUUUGAUGAGACGUAUCGAACGAGGACCAGUUAGAGGCAUUUCCAUCAAAUUGCAAGAAGAAGAGCGUGAGCGCAGAGACAACUACAUGCCAGAAAUCUCCGCUGUCGACCCAUCCCAACUCACCACCAUCAAGGUCGAUCAAGACACCGCCAACAUGCUCAAGGCCGCUGUGAGUUUGUUUUUUGGGUGUUUUGAGCUCUGAGAAGAAUUCUUCAAAAAAAGUUGUUGAAACAAACAAUUUUUUUCGAACAAAGUUUCGGAACAUCUGAAAGUGUGUACGUUAUUAAAAAGAAAAACCUUGAUUUUCCUAUAAACAAAACCAUACUUUUUCAGGGAUUCAACCUCACCAACGUUUCCGUCGACGACCAAAAGACCAAGGGAAAGUAA